AUGGUGAUGGUCUUGAAGUCCCUCGCAGAAGCAGACACAGGAGGAGCUUCUGACGCCUCCCCUCUGGGCUUCUCCAAGCUCGUCCCCGUGCUCAACCGCCAUCGAGCCGUGAUCACUUUUGGCCAAUCAGGCCCGUCUAUUGCAAGUGAGCUCACAGCCUCGGGUCUCUCAGUCGCUCUCAUUCCGUGCACCACAAUGGAGCAAGCCAUGCAUGCUGCUGCCGAGACAGGCCUCCCGGCUCAGCCGCUGCACCAUGAUGCAGCAAGUAAUGCGUCUACUGCUGCGGAGACUGCUCUCCCUGGUGAGUGUUGUGGUGAUGUUGGAGUCGACUUGCGUACAGACAGAGGUGUCUGUGUCUCACACUCGCUCUCAUUCAGUGCACCACAUUGCAGCAAGCCAUGUGUGCUGCUGCGGUGCGGACACAGCUCUUCCUGGUGA